CUCAACAAUGUACAUAUCCUUAACUGAUUCGUAUUUAAUGAGUAGGAAUUGAUUGGGUUUGCAAAGCGAAUAAUUUACAACUAAAGUAAAUCCACAGAAAGCAUAUACAGUAGUGAAUGCGGGCUUUGGCUAUGUUGCAAAGCGAAUGUGUAAGGCGAUUUGUCUGAUUACAACUGUUUGAGUGGAUUGAUUUUCAAUUUGUUCGAUCAGUGUGAAAAAUAUCGCAGGUGUCAACUCAUCGAGAACAAAUGAAGUUCGGAUGUAUGAAUUGUCGUGGCAUUGUCAGGAUAUUUGGGUUUUAACGCCACUAUAUAACGAUAAUUUGAUUGUGAAUCUAUUCAUGUUUGAACGGUUAGAUGUUAAUUCAAUGGGAUUACACAAUAAAUAACAUAAACUGUUUAAGGUAAAGCAAUAAACGGUUAUCUCGCGUUCUCAGCAGCAAUGCCGACCUCUAAUGUGCAAAUGAUCACGUGCACCAUGUGCCAGGAGACGUACAAGCGUCCGAAGUACCUGCCGUGCCUGCACACGUUCUGCGAGUCGUGUCUCGAGCGCUACAUCGUCAAGAUCGCCGACAUCUGCACCAAGCUGGACAACAAGCUUCCCGCCUCCAUCUUCGAUAACAAGCCGUACAUAUGGACGGGCGAGGGGUUCCCGUGCCCGGUGUGCCGCGGGCACGUGCACAUGCGGAACGACCAGCUUAAGGGAACAUCACCACAACAGUGGGCCGCCAUGUUCCCCAUGAAUCAGCUCGUCCUAAGCAUCAUGGGGUACGAAGCGAUCCCCACGGAAAACGCCUGUACGCCGUGUCAGAAGAUUGAGGACCCGAAGCCGGCAGACCACUGGUGUCUGGAGUGCUCCGAGGCUCUCUGCCCAUCCUGUUCAGCUCACCACAGGGUUUUGAAGGCCACGGAUACACACGCGGUGGUUAAACUAAGCGAGCUUAAGAACCAGAAAGGACCGGUCAGUCACGUGGAGGUUUGUACGUGCCACGUGCAUGGCGGGAAAGUGGUAGACCUUUAUUGCGUUGACCACAACCAGUUGGCGUGCGAAGAGUGUGCAAAAAAUUCGCACAAAGACUGUGAACAUCUUAUACCAAUUGAAAAAGUUGCUGGCGAAAUUCGAAAUUCCGCUGAAGCGCAUAAGCUUUUGGAUAAGCUACGUGAGUGUAACGAAGAAAGCGAAUGCAUUAUACUUGAUAGAAAUAGGACAAUGGAUAAGCUGAACUCUCGUAAAAGCGUCUUUAUACAAAGAAUUAAAAAAGUAAGGGAUGAAAUUAAUAAAGUUUUAGAUGAACUGGAGACAAUAUUUCAUGACGAUUUUGACGCGACACAUGCAAAUGUUGUAGGCGAUCUGGAGGACCAGAUUGGACGAUGCCAACUUUUACAGAAAGCUGUGGACUCCUCAAUGGGAAUCCUAAAUGCGGCUAUUGAGCACGGGACAGACAACGAACUUUUUGUGGUCGCUCACAGCAUGGAAAAGGAGUUGCACAAAUACGAAGAGGUCAUCGAGAAAGAAACUAAACGCAUUUUCGAGAUGGAUUAUGAAUUUAACGUGAACUACGAAAUAGAACACAUACUCCUGUCCCUUGAUGAAAUCGGUUCCUUGAAAAUCACAAAACUGCCGACAACAGUGUCCCCAUUCGUGAAAAAGCAUGCUAAAAUCGUGGAGCGUUUCGACGCUACUUCUCCAAUGGACGAACGGUGCGCGGAGCUUACGGGCGGCACGUUCCUUCCGGAUGACCGUCUGAUGCUUGUGGACACCGCCAAUGAAAAGCUGAAACUGUUUACACCGGAAGGCGAUUUGCUGUGCGAGUUUGAAUUGAGUUCAGCUCCGUGGGACAUCACGUGUGUUCCCGGUGGAAUGGCGGCUGUUACACUUCCGGUCGAGAAGAAAAUAAUGAUGGUUUCCGGUCUUAACGAUUGCAUCACACCGAUAGAGCAAUUCUCGACAACUGGGGCAUGUUACGGGAUCGCGUACUCGUAUCAUGCUAAAGAGUUAGUGGUGACCUGCGACACGCCGGGAGACGGCAUGACGGUGGUCAAAGUUAUCUCUCUUUCUGGCGAGGAAGUUCGCACCAUAUCUGUAGGGGAAGAUGGUAAAAGUUUGAUAUCGCGACCAAGUUACGUCGCUACGAAUCCAUUUAACGCUGAUGUGUACGUGUCAGACGACUGCAACAACACGGUGAUAGGAAUAACCAUGAACGGUGAAUUCAGGUUUAGACAUAACGAGAUGUACUUACGACUUCCGGUUGGCAUAGCAGCCGACAACCACGGAUGCGUUUACGUCUGCGGCAACGGAUCCGGUGAUAUUUACCAGAUGUCACGUGACGGGCAGCGGAUACGGUUGCUAUGCGACGGUUUGCCCCAUCCGCGGGCAAUAGCCUUUGACCCGUACGCUGAGCGUUUUCUGGUAACAAGCGAUGGUUCUUAUAAGAGCACCGUGCAACUGUAUACGUUGUUCUGAAUUAUUUCAAGUGGGGGGGGGGGGACAGAAAUUCACCAAAUGGGCAUAUGGUUUACAUGAAUUUUCAUUUACACUUAAAUAAAUAAAUUAUAAGGAAACUAUUGAAAACUCAACUUAAAAGGUGAGUAAUUUAUAUAUGAGAAAUAAAUGAUGAACAUUCACUAAUCACUUUGUGAAGGUUUUGUAAACAACUUUACAGCCCAAUAAGACUAUUCGCAAAAUUAUUGCGGAAGUGAAUAAGUGAAUAAGCGUAUACGUAUAUUUGGUCAUACCAAUUGAGGACUAUUAUAUGCAUGGAUGUGCAUAUAAAAACCAACAAAGUCGACGGUAUGCACUGGCAUGGUGCGAUUGAUAUGUGUAAUAAAUGCCUGUUCUGGUGAAAGUAUAGAUGCUGUGAUUAAAACAAUGUGAUAAGAGCGUAGAUUCAUUGUCUAGAGUAGUGCACGAAUUAUUGUAUACUUGCAUCAUUAUAACUAUAAUAACAGGAGUGAAUAAGCUCGUUUAUAUGAUGCAUAGUUAUGAUUAUAUAGUUAAGCUUGUUAUUAAAUGCUUUUGGGCCGUGCUCUGUAAAAUGUGGGUUUAAUGCAUGUGCGGAAAGUAUCGUCCCAGAUGAGCCUAUGCAGUCCGCACAGGCUAAUCAGGGACGACGCUUUCCCCUUAAACUGUAUUUUGCUAAGAAGAGACUUUCUUUAAACAUAAAAUAUCUUAAAAGCGGAAGUUUCGUCCCUUAUCAGCCUGUGCGCACUGCACAGGCUAAUCGGGGACUACACAUUACGCAUAGGCAUGAAACCCCCUUUUGUCAGAGCGCGGCUCAUUUGUUUCUUCUUAGUCCGAUCAUGUUUAUCUAUUUUCCCGCAUUAUUCCUGUAUACCGACAACCUGUAAAAAGACAAUAAAUGAUAUAUAUAU